CUUCAUGCAUGAACCCUAACUAAGUUCUUCUUCAUAUUCUUCUUCUUUUAUACCUCUCACAAGUACUUACUAAAUUUUUCUGCGAAUUCGAUGAAUAAUAACUGGCUAGGUUUCUCUCUCUCUCCUUAUGAUCAAAAUCACCACCGUGCCGACGUGGACUCAUCCACCACCACAACCGCCGUAGAUGUCGUCGGAGAAUACUGCUACGAUCUGGCCACUGCUUCCGAUGAGUCUUCAGCCGUUCAAACAUCGUUUUCUUCUCCCUUUGGUGUCGUCCUCGAUGCCUUCACCAGAGACAACAAUAGUCACUCCCGAGAUUGGGACAACAAUGGUGCUGCAUGCAAUAACAUCCACAGUAAUGACCAAAAUGGACCAAAGCUUGAGAAUUUCCUUGGCCGUACCACCAAGAUUUACAAUACCAAUGACAAUGGUGGAGAUGGAAGUGGUGGUUGUGGAGGAGGAGACGGUGGUGGUGGUGGCUCACUAGGCAUGUCGAUGAUAAAGACAUGGCUGAGGAAUAAUCCGGUGGCUAAUGUUGAGCAUCAAGACAAUGGUAAUGGUGCAAGAGGCUUGUCCCUCUCUAUGAACUCAUCUACUACUUGUGAUGGCAAUAACUACACCAAUAAUGAGGUCGUUGUCCAAGAGAAGACCGUUGUUGAUGUUGUAGAAGCCACACCCAAAAAAUCUAUUGAGAGUUUUGGACAAAGGACGUCUAUAUACCGCGGUGUUACAAGGCAUCGGUGGACAGGAAGAUACGAGGCACAUUUAUGGGAUAAUAGUUGCAAAAGAGAAGGCCAAACUCGCAAAGGAAGACAAGUUUAUUUAGGAGGUUAUGACAAAGAAGAAAAAGCAGCUAGGGCUUACGAUUUAGCCGCACUUAAGUAUUGGGGAACCACCACCACUACUAACUUCCCUAUGUGUGAUUAUGAGAAAGAGGUAGAAGAGAUGAAGCACAUGACGAGGCAAGAGUACGUUGCCUCUCUGCGCAGGAAAAGCAGUGGUUUCUCUCGUGGUGCAUCGAUUUAUCGAGGGGUAACAAGGCAUCAUCAACAUGGAAGAUGGCAAGCUAGGAUCGGAAGAGUUGCCGGUAACAAAGACCUCUACUUAGGAACUUUUGGCACACAAGAAGAGGCUGCAGAGGCAUACGACAUUGCAGCCAUUAAAUUCAGAGGAUUAAGCGCAGUGACUAACUUCGACAUGAACAGAUACAACGUUAAAGCAAUCCUCGAUAGCCCGAGUCUUCCUAUCGGUAGCGCCGCAAAACGUCUCAGGGACGUCAAUAAUCCGGUUCCAAGUAUGAUGGUCAGUAGUAACCUUUUAGAGAGUGAAAAAGUCUCUAGCUAUUGGCAAAACGCUGCGCUUCAGCAUCAUCAGGGAAUGGAUUUGAGCUUAUUGCAGCAACAUCAAGAGAGGUACAAUGGUUAUUACAAUGGAGGAAACUUGUCUUCGGAGAAUGCUAGGGCUUGUUUCAAACAAGAGGAGGAUCAACAACAUCUCUUGAGCAACUCGCCGAUCAGCCUCAUGACUCAAAUCGAUCAUCAUAGUCCUGCUUCGGAUGAUUCGGUUACUGUUUGUGGAAAUUCCAAUAUUGGUUAUGGUGGUUAUCAUCAAGGAUUUGCAAUCCCGGUUAAUUGUGAUGCCUACGUUGCUGCUGAGAUUGCUUACAACGCAAGAAACCAUUAUUAUUUUGCUCAGCAACAGCAGCAGAUUCAGCAGCAGUCGCCGGAAGGAGAUUUUCCUGUGGCGAUUUCGAAUAAUGUUGGCUCUAAUAUGUUCUUUAAUGGAGAAGGUGGUGGAGAAGGGGCUUCAACGUUUACAGUUUGGAAUGACACUUAAGACUUUUUUUUUGGAGGAUCUUUAGUUGCUUGCUUUGUGUGUUGUGAACAGUUUGAUUCUGUUUUUUUUUUCCCCCAUUUUUUGGGUAAGUUUCUUAAUUAU